GCCGUCACAAACCCACUUCGACCCACCUCCGUCCUCCAACACCCACUUAUUGCUUCCACUCCUCGGCCUCAUUUUUGAUACUCCAAAUGGCCGAAGCCAUCCCUUUGGUAAGAGCUAGCAAUCCCCUGUUGUUUCUCUUCUUUUUUAGCUUAGCAACCGCCCUUUCUCCUGACGGAGAAGCACUCCUCACUCUUCUAUCUGCCGCCGACCCAUUGGCAAAAUCAUUAUCUUCGGUUCUCUCAUCAUGGAACCCAGCAUCUCAAACACCAUGCUCAUGGCAAGGCAUAACAUGUUCAUCCCAAAACAGAGUAAUCUCUCUGUCCCUCCCAAAUACUUUCCUGAACCUUUCCACUAUCCCACCGGCACUCUCCUCACUUUCCUCCCUCCAGCUACUCAACCUCUCCUCCACAAACAUUUCCGGUACAAUCCCUCCUUCCUUCGGCCAACUUACCAAUCUCCACCUCCUAGACCUUUCCACCAACUCCCUCUCUGGCCCCAUCCCCAGAGAGUUCGGCCACCUCUCUGCCCUUCAAUUCCUUUUCUUGAAUUCAAAUAGACUCAAUGGCCGGAUUCCUCCGCAGCUAGCCAACCUUACUUCCCUCCAGGUUCUCUGUCUCCAAGACAACCUCCUUAAUGGGUCAAUACCAUCUCCACUAGGUUCUUUGAUUUCCCUCCAGCAACUCAGAAUAGGAGGAAAUCCUGAUUUGACAGGGGAAAUUCCUUCCCAAUUUGGUCUCCUCACCAACCUCACAACAUUUGGAGCUGCUGCUACUGGCCUCUCUGGUGUAAUCCCGCCCACAUUUGGUAACUUGAUCAACCUACAGACACUGUCUCUUUACGACACUGAGGUAUUUGGGUCGAUUCCUCCUGAACUUGGGUCCUGCUCUGAGUUAAGAAAUUUGUACUUGCACAUGAACAAGCUCACCGGUUCAAUACCUCCUCAGUUGGGUAAGCUUCAAAAGCUCACUAGCUUGCUUUUAUGGGGGAAUGAGUUAUCGGGACGGAUUCCACCAGAGAUUUCUAAUUGUUCGGCGCUUGUUGUGCUUGAUGUCUCUGCUAAUCAACUUUCCGGUGAGAUACCCGGCGACCUGGGAAAGCUUGGGUAUUUUGAGCAGCUUCAUUUGUCGGAUAAUGCACUAACUGGGUCGAUUCCAUGGCAGUUGAGUAAUUGUUCAAGUUUAACUAAUAUUCAGCUUGACAAGAAUCAACUUUCUGGCACGAUUCCGUCGGAGGUGGGCAAUUUGAAAAACUUACAAAGUUUUUUUUUGUGGGGGAAUUCAGUUUCUGGUACAAUUCCUCCUUCAUUCAGAAAUUGCACAGAUCUGUGCUCCCUUGAUCUUUCGAGGAACAAGCUCACUGGAUCAAUACCAGAGGCAAUUUUCGAAAUAAAGAGUCUGAGCAAGCUUCUUCUCUUGGGAAAUUCUUUAACCGGAUCAUUGCCAGCAAGUGUCGCAAAUUGUGAAUCUCUAGUGCGGUUGAGACUUGGAGAGAAUCAACUCUCCGGUCAAAUUCCGAAGGAGAUAGGUCAGUUGCAAAACCUGGUCUUUCUCGACUUGUACAUGAAUCAUUUUUCUGGUAACCUUCCACUGGAGAUUGCCAACAUCACAGUUCUUGAAAACUUGGAUGUUCACAACAACUACAUUACUGGAGAAAUCCCAUCGCAGCUUGGAGAGCUUGUUAAUUUGGAGCUGCUUGACCUCAGUCGGAAUAGCUUCACUGGAGAAAUUCCGAAGACUUUCGGUAAUCUUAGUUACUUGACUAAGCUCAUUCUCAAUAAGAAUUUGCUAACAGGGCCAAUUCCGAAAUCUAUUCGAAAUUUGCAGAAGCUUACCCUGCUUGAUUUGAGCAAUAACAACUUCACCGGUGAAAUUCCCCCAGAGAUUGGCUAUGUGACGAGCUUGACAAUCAAUUUGGACCUAAGCUCCAACUCUUUCACCGGAGAAUUACCAGAGAAUUUCUCCAGUUUGACACAGCUGCAGUCUCUUGAUCUUUCUCACAACAAUUUAUAUGGAAGAAUCAAGGUUUUGGGUUCCCUUACUAGUCUUACUUCCUUGAACAUAUCUUGCAAUAACUUCUCUGGUCCAAUUCCUGUGACACCUUUCUUUAGGACUGUUUCUCCAAAUUCUUAUCUUCAAAACCCUAAUUUGUGUCAAUCCAUUGAUGGGUCUACUUGUUCUUCACGUUUCAUGAGAAAGAAUGGAUUGAAUUCUGCAAAGAGUGUAGCUUUGAUUUCUGUGAUUUUGGUCUCAGUUACACUAGUAAUCCUUGCUUCAUGGAUUUUGAUUAUGAGAAAUCAUAGGUACAUAGUGGAAAAGUCUUCUGGGUCAUCAUCCUCUACCUCUGGGGCAGAAGAUUUCUCUUAUCCAUGGACGUUCAUUCCAUUCCAAAAGCUUAGCUUCACCAUUGACAACAUCCUAGAAUGUCUUAAGGAUGAGAAUGUGAUCGGAAAAGGGUGCUCCGGGAUUGUGUACAAGGCAGAGAUGCCUAAUGGGGAGUUGAUUGCUGUGAAAAAGCUUUGGAAGACGAAGCGUGAUGAAGAGCCUGUAGUGGAUUCUUUUACAGCAGAGAUUCAGAUUCUAGGACAUAUCCGGCAUAGGAACAUUGUGAAGCUAUUAGGCUAUUGUUCCAAUAGAAGUGUUAAGUUGCUUUUGUACAAUCAUAUUCCAAAUGGCAAUCUUCAACAGCUUUUGCAAGGGAAUAGGAACUUGGAUUGGGAAACAAGGUACAAGAUUGCGGUAGGUUCAGCUCAAGGCUUGGCUUAUCUGCACCAUGAUUGCGUACCAGCCAUUUUGCACAGAGAUGUCAAAUGUAACAACAUACUUCUUGAUUCCAAAUACGAGGCUUAUCUUGCAGAUUUUGGGUUGGCAAAGUUGAUGAACUCUCCAAAUUUCCAUUAUGCAAUGUCCAGAGUUGCUGGUUCUUAUGGUUAUAUUGCCCCAGAAUAUGGAUACACAAUUAACAUAACUGAAAAGAGUGAUGUCUAUAGCUAUGGAGUUGUUCUAUUGGAGAUACUAAGUGGGCGUAGUGCAGUGGAACCCCAGCUGGGUGAUGGCUUGCACAUAGUAGAGUGGGUGAAGAGAAAGAUGGGAAGCUUCGAACCAGCGGCAUCAAUACUUGAUACAAAGCUGCAAGGAUUGCCAGACCAAAUUGUGCAAGAGAUGCUUCAAACGCUAGGAAUUGCAAUGUUCUGUGUGAACUCCUCGCCUACAGAAAGACCAACAAUGAAGGAAGUGGUGGCAUUGCUGAUGGAAGUGAAAAGCCCAACUGACGAAUGGGGAAAAACUUCCCAACCUCUAAUAAAGCAAUCCUCAAACCAGAGUUGAUUUCUUUUGGGCAGUUCUCUCCUCAUUUCUUGUUAUCUUUUCAAAAUUUCUAAGAACAUCAGUGAUUGAAGUUCUUUGAUGUCCCAAGAUAAAAAAAAAAGGAGAUUAAAAUCAUUGGGUUCAGAAUUUGAGAUGACUCUUGGGUCUGUUGUACAGUUUUAGAAACAUCAAUGUUGUUGAUUUUGCUUCAUGUUCUUUUCUUUGCUUUUGCCUCCUUUGGUUUUUCUCUGUUUAUCUCAUUUUCUAAUGAAUUAUAUAACACAGU